AGAACCAAUAACAUCACUAAAUUUAUACUGUUAAAACUUUCCCAGAACAAGAAAAUUAAAACUCUAUUUUCUGUUGUUCUUCUUGUGUUACAUAGCUAUUUGGGGAGGAAACAUGCUCAUUAUGAUUUCUAUCACACAUAGCCAAUUAAUUGAGCAACCAAUGUAUUCCUUCUUUAAUUACCUUGCUUUGUCAAACCUGUGCUACACCUCCACAGUGACACCCAAGUUUCUCACUGAUCUUCUCAAAGAAAGGAACAUAAUUUCUUAUACCAGCUGCAUGGCUCAGCUUUUUACCAUGCACUUCUUUGGGGGGAUUGAGAUCCUCAUACUCACAGUGAUGGCUUAUGACCGUUAUGUGGCUAUCUGCAGACCCCUACACUAUACCAUCAUCAUGAGCAGAGGGAGGUGCCGUGCCAUGGUAACUGCCUGCUGUGCUGGAGCUUUUAUACAUUCCUUCUUCCAGAGCCUCCUUGCUAUCAGCCUCCCCUUUUGUGACCACAAUGAGAUGGAUCACUAUUUCUGUGAUAUUUAUCCUUUGCUGACUCUUGCUUGCACCAAUACAUACAGAAUUGGACUUCUGGUGGUUGCCAAUGCAGGCAUGAUGGGACUGGUCAUCUUUGUAGUCUUGAUGUGGUCUUACUCUUUCAUAUUAUUCACCAUCAGGACUUAUCCUGCAGAGAGUCGUGGCAAAGCUCUUUCCACAUGCAGUUCUCAUGUCACCGUUGUCAUUUUAUCCUUUGUGCCUGUACUUUUUAUUUACAUCAGACCAGCCACCACUUAUCCAGAAGACAAAGUGUUUGCUCUUUUCUACACAAUCUUAGCUCCCAUGUUCAACCCUCUGAUCUACACACUGAGAAACACAGAGAUGAAGAAUGCAUUGAGAAAAAUUUGGUGCCACAAACUAUUUUUUUUGAAAGAAAAUCAUAUGAUAGUCAUUGCUAAAUUAGCAUGA